GCCAUGCUGGAAAUUAAAGGUCCUGAUCGCAUUUGAUUUGGAUGGCAACGCAGCUUCCACACGCUGCUGGCUUUUCAACAAUAGCAGGAAAAUCUGUUAGCAGAUAGGGAAAACGAGGAGGCAGAGGAAGGUGGAGGCUGGAUUGUUCAAAGCAAACAUGCCUGCAGAAGCAAAUUUCUUGAUCAUCAAAGGUGUGCGAGGAGCAGAAGUGUGAAGAAGAGGUCUUCCCCUUGGCCAUGAAUUACGUGGAUCGCUACCUGUCGUCAGUCCCCACGCGGAAAAAUCACUUGCAGCUUCUGGGAGCGGUCUGCAUGCUCCUGGCUUCCAAACUGCGAGAAACCAUGCCCCUGACCGUGGAGAAACUCUGCAUUUACACAGACAACUCCAUCACGCCUCAGCAGCUCCUGGAUUGGGAGAUUCUAGUCCUGGAGAAGCUAAAGUGGGACCUGGUCGCAGUGAUAGCGAAUGACUUCUUGGCUCACAUCCUCUAUCAUCUCCCGCUGCCUAAGGACAAGAUGGAGCUGGUGAAGAAACACGCACAGACCUUUAUCGCCCUGUGUGCCACAGACCACACUUUUGCCAUGUACCCCCCCUCCAUGAUUGCGACAGGCAGUAUUGGAGCGGCCAUCCAUGGCCUGACGGUCUCCGUGAACGAUUUCAGCGGUGAGGCGAUCACCGAGCUGCUGGCCAGCAUCACUGGCACGGAGGUGGACUGCCUGAAAGGCUGUCAGGAGCAGAUUGAGGCAGCCUUAGCCGAGAGCCUGAAACAGGCGUCCCAAACCCACCAGGAGUACAGCACCACCAAGACUGCUGCUUACCUGACCAGCCAGCCCACCAGCACGCCUACAGACGUCACGGAUGUCAACCUGUGACCAGCCUCCCCUUCCCGAGAGCUGCCCGGCCCUGCCACAGCGGGACUUCGCCCUGGACACCGAAAGGUUGCUGCAUCCCACCUACCCAUCCACCAGCCCCCUCCAGCUGACGCCUGCUGAGGAUUCGUUCCGCUCGCCAGGAGCACAGAGCAGGAUCCGCGCUCGUCUGUCGGAGCUGGCAGCCAGAGCUCGACGCUACUCGUCAGCUUCUGCAGGUGGCCGGGGUGAAGCGACCGCUUUCAUGGUGACAGGGCACCAGAAUAGCUGGGGAGGGGGAGCAGGACCCCAAAUGAAGUUGUAAAAUGUUUCUCAGUUCGUGUUCCUCGUAGCCUGGCUGGCUGCUGUUCACUGUCUCCUCGGGGGUGACUUCAAGCCCUGCGUGGGCCACCGAUCAUGGAUGGCGAGCCCCUUACCCUGGCCUACGUGACCAAAAUCCUUACAAACGCCCAGCCCCCCUCCCCGGGCUGGGGUGCCACGAGCCCGUGUGGCUCAGGAGAGUGCACCGAGCGGCCGGGAGGAGGGACCCCUUGGUCCCGAUUGCUUCGUGCCAGAUUGCUGUGGCCCCUGGGGGCUGGUGUGGCUGCUUCUGCUUGGAGGGGAAAUGUGGGGCUUGUUUCUUGUUGCUGUUAGAUUUGGGAUUUGCGGGUUUUCGGCUUGCUUAGGGGGCGCGCUCCCCGUCUGCACGGACAGCAGAAGAGAAGCCCUCGCCCCGGGGAGCAGCCUGCUGGGCGAGGUUUGGGCGCAAUCCCCUUGGCUUUCCGCUGCCCCACUGAGGCUGCUUAAUUUAUUGUUAACUGCUGGGAAAUGGGGAGGGAGGAAGACUUUGCUGUUCCUUGGUGUGGGGCCUGGAUGCUGGUCUCCUCUCCUUCCGAAAGAGUGCCUUCCCCCUUUGUCCCCUUCCCCAGCUCCCUGGGCAAUGGGAGACUCUCACUUGGUUGGUUUUUUAGGUAGCUUAGACAUCAGACUAGGUUUUAAGAAAUACAUUUGAAUGUGCUGCUAUAGUCUGGAAUGCAUCUUCGCUCCUCCAAGGCAGGGAUCUGGGAUCACGUUCAGGAGGGGGCUGCGUUGCAUCUGUGUCCGCGUGGGUCCGAGUUGUGUCCUCACCGGGUGGAAAAUUCAUGGUGCGCUUAAGUUGAAAAGCGAUUAUUGCCUUUUUGUAUUGUUGUUGUUGAUCCUGUCUGUUAGUUUUUUAUAAAAAGUGGUUAAAAAAAAAUAAUGCUGCUUUUCUAAGAGAAAACCCAUUAAAUAGUAGAAUUGUAUUAACCAGAAGAAGCCGGAGAGACUCUGCAGGGAAGGGAGGCAGACUGCUGCUGCUUGGUGACCUCCGGACACGUGGAUCUGUGGCUGUUGUCCUCCCGUGGGGGAUGUGGAAAAGGAGGUAGAAUAGAAAUCUUCCUUUUUGGAUGCCACUAGAAACAAAAGUUUUCUCCAGUGGAAAAAGAUGGGGCUGCUGUUCUUCCACUCGCCUGAUUUGUCAAGAAGAGCCGUCUGCCGCCGACUCCUGCUAGCAGGAGGGCUGGGGGGCGCGCAGAGCCUGUCUGUACAAAAAGAAGAAUUUUUUUUAUAUAUAAAUGAGUUUUAAUUUAAGAGUAAACUUGUUUGGUGUUCACACAUGAGAGUCCCGCUGCUGGGAGA